AAAACGGACGAAAAGAACAAGAACUUACCACUCAUACUUGAUACUACAAUAUUAUCGACUUGACCGCCUCUGUACAUUUUAUAUACCUAAAAGUAACAAUCGUAGGCAAAUUUGAAGAUCAAAGAGGUAAACAUGGAGCAAGUGACCGAGAAUUGUAUAUCACUGAUGUUAUCAUUCACAACGCCCUUGGAUACAUGCAGAGCUUCUUGUGUUUCAGCUGAUUUCAGGUCAGCUGCUGAUUCUGAUGAGCUUUGGAACAAGUUUUUGCCAUCUGAUCUCUCUCAAAUCCUUAGCAGAUCACUCUCUACUUUGGCUUACAACACUAAAAGAGAGCUUUACUUUCUGCUUUGUGACUCCCCUGUUCUGCUAGAUGAUGGCAAUGUGAGCUUUUCACUAGAUAAAAAGAGCGGGAAGAAGUGCUUCAUGGUAGCAGCUAGGCAACUUUCAAUUUCAUGGGGUGAUACUCCUACUUACUGGAUCUGGUCAUCCAACUAUAAUUCAAGAUUUUCGGAGGUUGCUGUACUUCAGUAUGUCUGGUGGCUUGAUAUUCGUGGCAGAAUGGAAACUGGAUUGCUGUCUCCACACACUACUUACGAAACAUAUCUUGUAUAUAAACUACAUGAAGAUGCCAGGGGACUUAAUUCAGCAAGGACAUCGAUCAGAUUUGUUAAUGAAAUAGAAGAGGUGCCUUCAGAUGAAACUAACAUAGUUUAUCCUGAUACAAGAACAUCUGCAGCCAACAGGCCCAACACUGAGCAGCGAAAUGGAGAGGUUAGUCAGAGGAGGAAGGACGGAUGGAUGGAGAUUAAGACGGGAGAGUUUGAGACUGGUGCAAGAGAUGAUGAUGAGGUGGAGACGCGAUUUAUGUCAACUGGAGGAUAUCAGGUCAAGGCUGGACUUAUCGUUCAAGGUAUCGAGUUUAGACCUAAACAAUCGUAGCAGUUGCUUGAGGAAUUUCAUCUAUAGGCAAUGCUUUAUAUCAUAGAAAAUUAUCUCAUGUAUUAUGAAAUCUCUUCUAUCUGAAGGAUGUCGAAUGGAGUGUGCUAUAUAUAAUCGUUGUGCUAUGUAAUAUGUUAUUGCCUAUCUUAUUGUAUGUCCAAUUUGAAAAUAUGUAAUAUGACUGAAAUUAUAAUGAUUUUCCAUUACUUGCAUGACA